AUGAUAAAAAUUAUACAAUAUUUCAAUAUAUUUCUCCUGUCAAUACACCACGCUGAUAAUGUUCCGGAAAUUAGACGUCGGCAAAUAUGGAAUGAUAUUAACAGUGCUGCCGAAUCCGGUUGGGAUUUUAGCAGUCGAUGGCUUAGCAAUAGUAAAACGAUGGAUACAAUUGAAACAUCAAAUAUUGUACCGGUUGAUUUAAAUGCAUUAAUGUGUUGGAAUAUGGAAAUUUUGGCACAUUUACACGGAGAAAUUGGUGAUACAAAUCGUCGGGCAGAAAUAAACAUUGAAAGAGCAAAAUUUGUUGAUACAUUUGAAGCGGUAUUUUUUGAUGAUCGUGAAGGUUCAUGGUUUGAUUUUAAUUUAAAUACCGGUGAACGUGUUGAUGAUACCUAUCCAUCUAUAGCCGUUCCAUUAUUUACCGAAUGUUAUAGUAGUUUAAAUAGUCCAAUGUUGGUUGAAGUAUUAGGGACUUUACAAUGUAAAGGAUUAUUACAAUUUCCUGGUGGUAUACCGGCAAGUUUAAUUCGUAGUUCAAAACAACAAUGGGAUUAUCCUAAUGGUUUUGCUCCAAUCAAUCAUAUGGUUAUCGAAGGUUUACGGAAAUCAAAUCAUCCAAUUAUGCAGCAAAAAGCAUUUGAAUUAGCAACCGACGAUCACAUACGAUCAGCAAAUGACGAUGAUAAUGAGGAAGGUUAUGGGUGGACAAAUGGUGCAUUGUUGGAUUUAAUGGUAACAUAUAGCAAACGGAUUAGUGUAUCCGAUAAGACCAUAACAUCAGAUGUGUCCGAAAUAAACGAUAACGAGCCAGUUGAUAUUUUAAUAAAAAAAUUAGAAAACAUAUUUGGUUCAUGGAUAUCCACCAAAGAACGUUUAAAAAGGAAGAAAAAAGAAUUUCACUACGCAUAUAUCAUCCUGCUUUUCAUCUUUAUUAAGAUUUAA